AUGACCCAAAUCCAACCAACCCGGGCCGUUGCUCUUCCCAUCUGCGAACACUUCUUCCUUAUUCUCUUUCGCUCGUCUCGGUCCGAUGUGCCCUUCGCUUCUUGCCCUGACCCGCCCUCAAUGCCCACUCCGAGCAACAACCAACCGCCUGCUCCUCCAUCCAUCGCCCAGGUGAUCUCCGCCCGAACCUGUCCUCCCGAACUCGACAGAAUCUCGGCCCGCAGAGACUCUCCGGACUCCACGCUUUCCAGCGACACGAUCGACAAUGUUCUCUCCCCCGAAAGCAUCGCUGCCCCGUCCGUCCUGAGCCGAUCCGACGAUGGCGGUUCGCCGCUGCCGACGGAUCCGCUGAAGGUGGAGAGGAAGAUGUCUGCCGAUGAUGAGACUGGGCCUGGCAGAUCCAGUUCUCCCACCGAAUCAUCAUCGUGUGCGCGCGGUCAGUCGUCGGUCACGCCGGCAAACUCGUCGCUGCUUCGUUAUGAAUUUUCCAAUGUGAGGGUAUGUGCCCAACCCACGCGACCACCCCGCCGCCACUCUCAAUUGACCAUCCCCCCAGCUUCUGCCAAAUCAUACCUCUUCCUUUCUGCGCUCGGGAAGCAAGUUUGUCGGCACGCAGCAGUCGGAUCGCCAGGUCUUACCGAGGAUCACCCUACCUUGACUACAUUUUUUGAAGGAGAGAUCAUUGGCACCAAGCAUACUUUCCAAACUCGUAACGAGGCAUGGGGCGCCACGGAGAAAACUGACAUGCACCACUGGUCUCGGUUCGCGGCGUGGCGACCCCUGGCGAAGCAGGCGAAACGAACGGACUUUACAUAUCGCAACUUCGCCCAACGUGAGCACGUCUUUAUGAGAUGGAAAGAAUACUUCCUUGUGCCCGACCAUCGCGUGCGCACCAUUUCCGGCGCCAGCUUUGAGGGAUUCUACUACAUCUGUUUCAACCAGGUCGCGGGAACCGUGAGCGGCGUGUACUUCCAUGCAAAGAGCGAGCGGUACGUAUGA